AUGCCUCCCUCCACGCCGAAGCCCGAAGAUGAUUCCCAUCAACAACUCCUCGAUCAGAUGGACAUCUACUACACGCCCAAGCCCUUCCGCAACUCCCACUGGAAGCCCAGCACGCGGCGGAACAAGAACACCAAACAAAUCAUCUCCGAGACGCAACGAAAGGAGGCUUCAGUGCUCGCAACUCAGAACAACUCGGGCGCAUCAACCCCCCUCCCGGCCACGGGCGCGAAUUCAGAUGGCGCAUCCACGCCUGCCUACCCCCCUUCUUCCGCCGCGGCGGUCUCGAAACCUGUGAACAUGGCCCAGGCGACGCAGAGUUUGAGCACGCUGGUUCUGGAAAGGAAUCUGCAGAGGGAGAGAGCGUCAAACAACACUGCACUUCUCGGACCUAGUGGGAUGGGUGGCCCAGCUGUAACAUACACCAACAUCGAGAGCGCUCCCAGUCUACAUCCUGCGAACCACAAGCACUACUGUGACAUUACCGGCCUGCCGGCCAGAUAUACAGAUCCCAAGACAAAGCUGAGAUACUACGACCAGGAGAUCUUUGCGGUGGUGAGGAGUUUGCCACAGGGCGCACCAGAUCAAUAUCUUGCGGCUAGAGGAGCAAACGUUGUUCUCAAGUGA